CCCUCUCCACCUCCACCUCUACCUCCACCUCCCUCCUUCCCAUCCACCGCAAAUCCCUUCCCUUGGCUUACUAGCUAUAUUGGCUGACAGAUUUGUAGUGUCUCUCGUAUUUAUGAACUCUGUGCGAUCUUUUUGUCAAUCUUGCAUCCAUGUUUUAGGGAAACAUUGCAGUGGAUCUUUGCAUGUUGACGCGCGUGCAGCGUUGCGUUUGCCCUCCCCUUUUUUUUGUUUCGGAGAUCACAAGCAGGCCCCUCUUCUUGUGUGUCGGAAGAGCAGAAAUCCCAUAGAAACCGUACCUUAAAAUGACCCCUUACUUCGUUAUAUAUCCCACCACCCUAUCCUGUACUCUCAUCCGUUUAUAACCACCACUUAACACCCUGCCAUAUCCCAUCUCUCUCUCUCUCUCUCUCUCUCUCUCGCUCGCUCAUGGAAUCAAAGAGCUCCGAUGAAAACUGUAACAACCCUAAUUCGGAGUUACACCCAUCCAAGCUCAUCAUGGCUUCCCACUUCCUUCGAGCCCUCUUUCGUAUACAGCAUACGACGACCGACUCCUCCUUCGCCGGCCGAAGCCGCAAGAUAAGGCGUGCUGCUUAUGCGUCGAUGGCUUACUCCGUCGGGACAAAGCGAGCGUGGAGCUCUGCUUUGCUCCGUAAGCUCCGCAGCCGCUCUCGGCUCCGGUUUCCCAAUCCUCGGAGAGCGAAAUAUGCGGCACUUCCGGGAAGGCCAAGGGUCGCGAGACCCCAGCAAAGGGAGAUGGACCAAGCAGAAGCUCUUCGCGAGUUGGUGCCAGGAGGGACAAGCAUGGACGACUGCAGGCUGCUCGAGGAGACAGCGGACUACAUACGGUGCCUUAGCACGCAGGUAAGGCUCAUGCAGGCGAUCAUGGAAUCGGUCUCUUUUUAGGCUCAGACGAAAACUCGAGCCAGAGAGAUACAAGACAUAUGAAAAGGGAAGUAUAUAGUCUGGUGGGUAAGUAUAGCUCUAUCCACAUCUACUUGCUAUUGUAAAUUAGACCGACUUAUGGUUGUCUGAUAUAUAUAGCAUCUGAUCACGAAGCUUAAAACUCGUACGUAAAUGUUUCCUUUCCAAUUAAAUGAAACUUGAUGAGAUAAAUUGCAUAUCGCGUCGUA